AUGAGGGAGAGGGAGAUUGCUUUAGAAGAGAAAAGGGUGCGAGAAGCAGAAGAAAACAUAGAGCGCAAGAAAAAGUUGGAAAAACUAUUGACCAACCUGAAUGAACGUUUGAGGGUAUGCCAGAUAACUGAAGAGCUGGCAAAUUCAGCAGAGAGGACGGAAGAAUUCCAAGAAGUCAAAGCAAAAGAGAAAGGGUCAGGAGAAUUUGAAAAUUUCAAACGUGAGGUUGAGAUUGCGAAUCAAAUUGAAUCAACGGAGGAAAGCGAAACUGAGAAUUCAGAGUCUUUACAGGAUGAGAUUAAAAUAAAGAUAAAAGAAAGAGAAAAGAAAAAGAAGACUAGGAAAAAUAAGCGGGAGGCAUCUAAAGGAAACAGAAAUAAAAAGCGACAUCGAAAGGUGAGCUUUUCAUCUAUCUCAACGAGCACUACUUCGAGUAGCUCAUCAAGUAGCACAAGUUCUUCAGAUGAUUCGAGUUUGGAAAGUACUUCAACCUCGAGUGAGGAAAGAAAUAAAAAGAAAAGGCAUAAGAAAGGAGGUAAAGCAAGAAAAAGCCUUAGAAGAAUACCGGUUUCGGAAUGGAAAUUAAAAUAUGACGGGAAGGAUCAGGGUCGACGAUUAGCUGAGUUCCUUAAAGAAGUUAAGAUGCGCUGUAAAUCGGAAGACAUUUCCGAAAAAGAACUUUUUCGUGGCGCGAUCCAUCUAUUCAGUGGACGUGCCAAAGACUGGUUUAUGGAAGGUUUUGAGAAUCGAGACUUUCGAAACUGGUCCGGGCUGAAAAAGGAACUCAAACAGGUUACUUUGAAAACAGCUUCAGGGUCACCUGUGGAAGUGGAGGGGUAUGUACACCUGCCAGUAACGUUCAAUAAUGAAAAUAAAAUUAUUUCUGCUCUGGUCGCACCGACACUCAAACGGAGAUUGAUCCUCGGAUACAAUGAUUUCUGGAGAUCAUUUGGCCUGCAACCAACGGUGCAAACCGAUCAAAGUCACCUGAUUGAAGGAUUGGAGGACGUGUACGAAGAUGUCAAGGGAGAGGAGGGAGAAAAUGACAGAGAGGUGCUUACGUCUGAACAGAAUUCCCAGUUGGAAGAUGUUAAGAAGCUUUUCAAAGUCGCGAUUGAAGGGGAAAUUCUAGAUGUCACUCCUAUACUCUCUCAUAGAAUUGAAUUGAAAGAAGAGUACCAAUCCAUUUCACCGGUGAGAAUUAAUCCUUAUCCAACUUCUCCCGAAAUGCAGAACAAAAUUAACGUAGAGUUGGACAAAAUGCUCAGCCAAAAGGUCAUUGAACCAAGCAAGAGCGAUUGGGCUCUUAGUACAGUUCCAGUGAUUAAACCCACUGGCGAAGUGCGCCUUUGCUUGGAUGCGAGACGACUGAAUGAUCGAACCCGGAGGGAUGCUUAUCCUCUCCCACACCAAGAUCGUAUAUUAAGUAGGCUAGGGUCAAGUAGGUUUUUAACAACCAUCGAUUUAACGAAAGCGUUUCUGCAAAUCCCCCUUGAUCCUAGCUCACGGAAAUAUACGGCGUUCUCGGUGUUGGGUAGAGGAUUGUUCCAGUUCACCCGUCUGCCCUUUGGCCUCGUCAACAGCCCGGCUACGUUAGCACGACUAAUGGACGAAGUUUUGGGCUACGGUGAACUGGAACCGAGUGUGUUUGUCUACCUCGACGACAUCGUCGUGGCGAGCAGCACAUUCGAAGCACACAUCCAGUCUCUGAAAGAAGUUGGCUCUGUUCAGUCUGCGCGCAAUUUCACGGAGCAACUGAACGUGAUGUCGAAUGUUCUCCGUUACCACGACGAUAUCGUCGAGGUAAACGAAGACAUACGCUCCAAUACACCAUGA